UCUCUCCCCAUCCUGUAUAAAGAGAAGACAACUCUGGUGUCCUCUCUCAUACUGUAUUCAGUGAGUGAUACACGCCACAUCAUCUUCAUCCAAGCGGACCAGGAACAUCCAUUGUCCAGCUGACAGACUGGGGAGACAUACACUGCAUUCUAGACAAUUACUUUCUAGAAUCAUGGUGUGUGCAGCUGUGAAGGCAGUCUUCUUGAUGGCUCUGCUGUCUCUGAUGAUCACAGGGGGUCUGGGCGGACGCACCAGACCUGCCUCGGCUCCCAGAUCCAGACCAAAGGAUACGGAUGAGAAAGUCCCACAACGAUCAGCUUCUGCCCCUGCAAAAAUGACGGUGAUGGAUACCACAACCCUUGCUAAGAUCAUCCAAUACAUGCAGGACAACUAUCAACUCUCUACAGCACAUACGAGCAAAGGCCAGUUUGCUGCAAUGAUCAACGUUCCGGAAAAAUACUGCACGGGCCUCUUUGAUAACAACUUCCUUUCUGGAGAGCAGGACAGUCAAACUGUCAAGCAGCAGCUCAACGAAAAAUUUGUCUACGAGGGGAGAAACCUGGUCCUUGCCAUACCAAAGGACGCAGGUAAAAAAGCAGUCCACUCAGAGCGUUUCUUGCUUAUGUGUGAAGCCAAUGACAAUGCUAAGACUCCCGCACAAAAACUGAUGAGCAAGUUGGAAGGUGGCUGCGCAGUUUUCUACACCUACAACUCCCCAUGCAUGGAGUUCUGCCUGAACGAAAAGAGGGACGAAGAAAGUCGCCAGUUUGUUGAAGCACAAAAAAUUAAAAAUGCAAGGAAAGGUGACACUUUAGAGGUCCCACCUGCUGUGGAGAAGUGCAUCCUGAACUCUCUCAGUGUUUUGACCAAUCACCAGGGCUUGAAGGCCUUUGUGUUCACGCGGGUCUAUGACAACGACAUCAAGGGGAAUACUGCUCAGGAAAUCCAAGAGAAGAAGCAUCUGCUGGCGGCUGCCCUGAAGUUGGUGGCCGAGAGGGUCCCCCUCUACAAGUGCAGCGGCACAUCCUGUGUCAAAUGCCUGAAAGAGAAUCAGAUCGUUGGCCAGUGCUUGUCUAAUUGACCAAAACGGUGAUGAAUGAGUCAUAGCUUGAGCUGUACUGUGUCAAUGGAUUCAACUGAUCUAUUGGCUGAUGUUAAUGAAGUCAUUAAAAAACUCAAUAAAAAAACAUG